AUGGGGAAGAGAAUUGUUUUCAACAUCUCCAGUGAAUUCCAAUUGAAGGCAUUGUUAGGUGAGGGCGCUUAUGGUGUCGUAUGUUCAGCAAUACAUAAACCCACCGGAGAAAUCGUUGCCAUCAAAAAGAUCGAACCCUUUGAUAAACCUCUUUUCGCUCUAAGAACACUUAGAGAGAUAAAGAUUUUGAAACAUUUCCGUCAUGAAAACAUUAUAUCAAUAUUUGACGUACAGAGACCUGAUUGUUUUGAAAACUUCAAUGAAGUAUAUCUCAUUCAAGAAUUGAUGCAAACCGAUCUUCAUCGUGUUAUCACUACGCAACCAUUGACAGAUGAUCACAUUCAAUAUUUUGUCUAUCAGACCUUAAGAGCAGUUAAAGUACUGCAUGGUUCCAACGUUAUCCAUAGAGAUUUGAAACCUUCGAACUUGUUAAUCAAUUCCAAUUGUGAUCUCAAGAUAUGUGAUUUUGGACUUGCCAGGAUCGCUGAUGAUCCACGUGCAGAGGCACCCAUGAAUAGUGGUAUGACUGAAUACGUUGCUACUAGAUGGUACAGAGCACCUGAGGUUAUGUUAACCGCCGCUAAGUAUACGAAAGCUAUGGACAUUUGGUCUUGCGGAUGUAUCUUGGCAGAGUUGUUUUUGAAGAGACCACUUUUCCCCGGUAAAGAUUACCGUCAUCAGCUGAUGUUAAUAUUUGGAGUUGUCGGUACACCAUUAGGUGAAGAUCUAGUAAACAUUGAAUCGAGAAGAGCAAGGGAGUAUAUUGCUACAUUACCUACUUUUACUCCUGUACCACUGCGCAGAAUUCUGCCGGGUGUUAAUCCACUGGGAGUAGAUCUUCUGCAAAGGAUGCUUGCGUUCGAUCCUCGCAAGAGAAUCAGCGCGGCUGAAGCAUUAAGACAUCCAUACUUAAAAACUUACCAUGACCCAUUAGAUGAACCUGAGGGUGAACCAAUCCCGUCAACUUUCUUCGAGUUCGAUAACCAUAAGGAGGCGUUGACGACAAAGGACCUCAAGAUGCUACUAUGGAAAGAAAUAUUCGUUUGA